CGAAAGGGGAGCGUUUUGUUUGACGGACCAUCGAUUUACAAUACGUGACCUUACAGGAUGCUGCGUGCUUUAGUGUUUUUUUGCAGUUUUUGAAAUAUAACUAUAGUUUACGAAAUGGCUUUAUACAGAAUGUGGAAUUCGUCGACAGUGCGGUGUAUAUACAGCUUUCUCCAAGAAGGAGGCACCUCCAGGUCCUUGCCUGCUUCAUGUGCUUUUCACUCAAGUUGCAAUCUACAGAACUCCAACAGAACCUCCAUAGUACAGUAUGGAAGGCAGAGCUAUGGAAGAAUGUACCCUGUGUUAGUGGUGAGAUGUGAUGGCUCCACAGUCAACAUCAGAUACAAGGAGCCCAAGAGGAUUCUGACAAUGCCAGUGGACAUCUCCACCCUUUCUGAAGAAGAGAGGAAAGCCAGGCUGCAGAAGAGGGAUGCAAGGAGAGUGGAGGCUAAACCAGCCAAGGAGGAGAUCAAGGACGACUUCAACGUGGACGAUUACAGCAAGUUUUGGAAGAAGAAGUAGCAGCAGCUCUGUAAACAAUGUUGAGACCUUGAUUUGUGUGAAACUGCUUCACUGUUAAAUAUAUGCUUAUUUUUUAA